CCUAGAUAAACAUAUGCUACUAACAUACUAGGCCAGGUACCAAGUCAAUCAGCCCCUGACAGCUAGUCUUACCUCGUGUAGGUUGGCAUUAAGUGGUUCGUCGCCAACUGACAGCUACCUAAAUGUUGAACUACGAAUAAAAUAUUGUCAACUUAAACACCACACAUACAAUAUCCACACCUAUUUCACAUUGAAAUUUGACGUCGACCCAUUCUCAACUCUAUCGCCAAGCUGAGUAUAUAAACACGUCCUCCUCCAUUAUUGUUGUUUUUUCACAUGAAAACCAGAUACUCAGACAGGCAUACUAUCUACUCCAGUUCUCAGAUGAAGAUCUAGAUACAUAUCUAAGUACCUAGUUAACCAUCAUCGGCUCCUUUAUCAAAACUCCAUUUUAUCAUCACCACUUUUGAACGAAACUACCAUGAAUAGGGAAUCCCCACAGCCUGCUGGUUGGAUCGCCAGCAAAAAUAGCAGCAGCCGGAACUUGGAGUCACCAUCCCCAUCCCCACCCCCAUCGCCGGAUCGAUCAUCGGAUUAUGUGACACCCGAGCUGGGACCUUCUCGCCUCCGAGAGUCGUCUCCUGCAAAACGACUACACGAUCCAGCACCUAUACCCAAGUAUUCCUCCGCAGUAGCAAAUUCGUCAGGUGAAGAUAAGCCACCCGAGCAAACGCGCCCCAUCCCGCUAUUUCAACUACCACCAUCACUACAAGCACAGUCGUAUAAAGCGCUUGACUACAGCAGUAAGACGGCAGCGCUACCCGAACCCUCCUCAGACUACAUGUAUCCAUCAUGGGGGUCAUUAUCCCUUAACCACGAAUAUCCAAUGCUCCACGCGCAGCCUGCUUACCACACUCCUGCCGUUUAUGCCCCCUUCCCUCAAAAUCCCCGCCCCGGAGCAGACUGCUACAUUUCCCACCAACCGGAUUUCUGGGAGCCCAGCAAGGUCUACAAUCAGCCGUGGUCGUCAUCUGCCAACACUAGAUUGUUUGAUUACAGUGAAAACAAGCCAGUCUAUGGUAUUGCCCACGAUGCUGCUAGAGAGCUAGAGAGGCGGAACACGAAUUGUGAACUAAGGACGCGCUGCGAUGAACGUGUCCCGAGCAUCGAGGCUAAAGAUGGAGACGAUCCCCAGCCCGAGUUAAAACAAGAACAAGAACAAGAACAAGAACAAGAACCGGAAGGCGAGACUGAAAUUGUCCGCCGGUCCGAGUCAUCACAGACGCUGCGCGCUGACGAAAGCAGCAGGGAAACCACCCCCGCCGCCGCCGCCGCCAGGAGCAGUCCCAGCGAUCCUGGGAAAGAGAAAAAGCGGUUCCCAAUAACCAUGCACGCCAUUAUUAGAGGCAUGAUCCGUAAGUGUGCAUACUAUGUGAGCGACAACGAACACCAACGACCCCCAAAGCGGCAGCGGCAGGACGGGGAGAAGGAGAACGAGUACGAGUGCGAGUGCGAGCCCGAGUACAAGAUCGAGUACGAGCAAGACCCGGAAGAGCCGAUGGUCCUCGUGGACGGGAACUGCCACGUGAAGCUCGGCAGCAUAAACGGCGCUUUCCUCGACCGCGAGGACCAGGUCCGUCAUCGCAGGACGCCGUAUAUGCGGAUCAGGGGGGACAUGUUUAUCAAGGCGGGGAAGCGGGAGGGGGGGGAUGAGGAUUAAGAUUAAGAUGAAGGGUUUACCAUUACUCGGGCUGGAAAAUACAGCAAGUAGAUGGGAUUGGAAUAAGACGACUUGUUAUUAUCGGCGAUGAUGAUAAUAAGCAGCGCCAGGAGCUUGGAACUAUACCACAUACCACCUCCAUAAUGGAAACCUAGGUAUUACCUACCUACGUUUCGGAGGACCUUUUUUUUUUUCUUUUUUUUCUUUUUUUUUUUGAGACAACAUACAAUCACAUUCACGACACAUGCGGAACGAGGGAAUAAGCAAGCGUAGCGUUCAAUUUAGAAAGGCUUUUGUUCGGUUAUAGAUAGCCUAGAGGCUGCGAGAAAGGACAUUAGACGGCAGUUAUACU